AUGUCGCAAAGGAUUGGUACGUCUGUCCUGGCUUUGACAAGGGUAUGGCAUCAUGUGGAUGUUGCUGCAGAUUCAAGAACGUUGGGUAGGCUAGCAACGCAGAUUGCUCUUACUCUACAGGGGAAGCAUAAGCCAACAUAUUCACCAAAUAGAGAUCAUGGUGAUUACGUUGUUGUUACCAACUGUGCGCAUUUGAAAGUAACAGGUGAUAAAAUGAAGGAUAAGACAUACUGGCUGCAUACUACACGUCCCGGUACUCUUAAUUUGAUACCGAUGGAGCGGAUGAUUGCCAAUAAAGGGUAUGGAGAAAUUUUGAGAAGAGCAGUGAAAGGUAUGAUACCCAAGAACAAACACAGAUUGGUUAGAAUGGAUAGGCUCAAGCUAUUUGAUGGUGACGAACACCCUUAUAAGGACAAUCUAAUAGCAUUUGCAGACGAAGUCAAGGAUAUGAAAGAAAAACUUGCUAAAUUGAAUGCCGAAGAGAAGAGAAGAGCUGAACUUCGAGAAAAGUAUUUAAUGCAUUAG